ACCUAGCUGCUCCGUAGUAUCGUGCACACAAAAGUAUUACUGGUACAACCAUGGCGGGGGCCGCCCGAAACCUCUGGGCGGUUCUGAACAAUCCGGCGAGCAUCAGAACGGCCGGCGAGGCCAAGCAGCUACACGCCCGUGUCAUCAAACUUCAACCAGCAAUCGUUUCCUUUCCCGAUUCUUCUGCAGCCAUUAUCCUCUCCAUCUACACCAAUUUCAGCCUCCUUCAAUACUGCCUCUCACUCUUCAACUCCUUCCGAAAAAUCCCUCCCAAAAAGGCAUGGAAAUCCAUGAUUAAAUGCUGCGCUUCCACCGGAAAUUCCGUCGAGUCCGUCGCCUAUUUCAACAGAAUGAGGACCUCUGGGAUAACUCCCGAUCCGAACGUGUUCCCUCUUCUGCUCAAAGCCUGCGCCGAUUUAGGAGAUUUCCGCCUCGGCCGGGCUGUUCAUGGAUGCGUGGUCAGGCACGGCGUCGAUGGCGACCUUUUCACCGGAAAUUCCCUGAUGAACAUGUACUCCAAAUUGGAGCCGCCUAUGGACGCCCGCAAUGUGUUCGACGAAAUGCCUCAACAGAAACGAAAGCUUAGAUUUAAAUAUAAUGGUGUAGAGACAUAUGUAGGCUCUCAUUUAAAUGAAAACGAGGGAGAUUCGCUGGAGAAUUGCUUGGAUUUCAAUGGCAGCGAGAAGAAAUUCUAUGUUCGAAGCAGGGAUGAAUUAGACAGUGUGAGUAAAAUCUUCGAAGCCAUGCCAGUUAGAGAUGUUGUCUCAUGGAACACUGUGAUUCGAGGACUUGUACAGAACCGGAUCUCCUCAGCAGCAUUGUCGGCAUUGAAGGACAUGGUGAGGUUCAAUGUGAAGCCCGAUUCCUUCACUCUGUCUACCGUUCUUCCCAUCAUUGCCCGCAACGUCGAUAUUGUUAAAGGAAAAGAGAUCCACGGAUACGCUGUUAGGUGUGGCUUCGACAAAGGGUUGUUCAUGGGCAGCAGUUUGAUCGAUAUGUAUGCAAAUUGCAACCGACCGGAGGAUUCGUAUUGCAUUUUCGCCGCGCUGCCAUUGAAGGACAGUGUUUCUUGGAAUUCGAUGGUAGCUGCGUGGGUGCAGAACGGCAGGUUCGACGACGGAUUAAAACUGUUCCGGGAAAUGCUGGCUGCGAAUUUCAAGCCAGUGGCGAUUUCAUUUUCGAGCAUAAUGCCGGCCUGCGCUCACCUGACGACGAUGUGUUUGGGAAAGCAGCUCCACGGCUAUAUAAUCAGGUGGGGUUUUGAGGACAACAUAUACGUUGCGAGUUCGCUUGUCGACAUCUAUGCGAAGUGCGGCAGCAUAAAGACGGCGAGGUGGAUCUUCGAUAAAAUGGAGUUUCACGACGCGUUUUCUUUGACGGCGAUGAUAAUGGCUUAUGCGACGCACGGUCAGGCUCACGACGCAGUUUUGCUCUUUGAGAAAAUGUCGAUGGAAGGAGUCGAACCGAAUUCCGCAUCGUUUCUCGCGGUCUUGACCGCGUGUAGCCAUGCCGGAUUGGUCGAUACAGCCCGCGGGUAUUUCGCAAGCAUGGUUGAGGAUUACGGAAUCCAUCCGCAGAUCGAACACUACGCGGCAGUCUCAGAUGUUUUCAGCCGUGCGGGAAGAUUAGACGAGGCUUACGAGUUCAUUCGCGGGAUGGAUGCCAUCAAACCAACGGUGGCGAUUUGGUCGACAUUGUUGUCUUCUUGCCGAGUGCACAAGAAAGUCGAGCUAGCCGAGAAGGUUGCGGGAGAAAUGCUCGCGAUCGAUCCUCGAUACGUAAACGCUUACGUUCUGUUAUCGAACGUUUAUACCGCGGCUGGAAGAUGGAAAGACGCGACGAAGAUGAGAAUGAAGAUGAGAAACAAGGGAAUGAAGAAGGAAGCCGCUUGCAGCUGGAUCGAAGUUCGAUACGAGUCGCACGUUUUCGCGUCGGGUGAUGAGAGCCACCCGGAUUACGAUCGAAUAAACGAAGCUCUGCAAGUUCUUACGGAACAGAUAGAACACAAAGGGUGUGUUCUCGAAUUGAUUGAAGAUAGCGUAACCUUGUGACAAUGAAAAUCCGACGGAGCUAUCGAGGAAUCGUAUCAUCCAAAUGCGCGGAUCGAAAAUGUGAUCGAUCAAUAUUCGAAAAUUGACGCAAUGUUUCGAUACAACACUACUUACAUGUAAAUGGCGAGCAACAACGGGAGACCAACGACGAACGUGUACAACGACGAGGAGGUCGGGGAAAUAACCGGGACGGCGGAACUUGCUGUAGCUUGUGGGUUUGAUUGUGCGUCGACCCCGUCGCACGAGAGGCCUUCCUCUCGAUCUUUGCACAAUGACGCAAAGAGUCCCGGCGGGUACUUCCCGUACAAAUUAACGUAGCUGAAAAAGGUAUCGGCGCAGUUGCUCUUGAGGUCGUUUACCUGAUCUUUGUAGGGGCAAAGCAAUUGCUUUAGAGGCGGGCAACACCGGUCGGGCGUGUAGUUUGGGCCCUUGCAUUGGCUCGUGAUCACCGUGUAGUUCAUGUGCUCGAAGUCGACGUUGCAAGCUGCAAUAUGUCGACGAAGUUAUUUAUACGAUAAUUUUCUAUAUAAAAAUAUAUUAUUGUUCGUUCGAGUUUCUAAUGGAAUCGAACAUUUUUAAGGUAUGAAGACGAUUUGUGUCUUA